AUGGAAGAGAGAGUGAAGAUUAGACAUCGAAAAUUGAAGGAGUUGUCGGCAGAUGCUGAAACAAUACUGUCAGGGAGAGAGAUACAGUUAACGGACCUUAUGCAAAUUCGCAUACAAAUCAAGCGGGCAAUUGAUGCUUUGGAAAGGGAGACUCUAAAUUUCAUUAGUAGUACUGGCAGCACUUCAGACGAGUAUUUGGAGGACCAAAUAAUAGCUGAAGAUAUCCUAUCCCGUCUAGACACUUACAUGGAGUUAAAUACCAAUAAUGACCAGGAACAGAAAGGAACAAAUAGUCAAGUAGCAAGGUUACCGAAAUUGGAACUCCAAAAAUUCAAUGGAGAUUAUCUUAGAUUUACUGAGUUUUGGGACCAUUUUGAGGCCAAUGUCGGGACACGAAACCUAAAGAAUGUAGAUAAGCUGUCAUAUUUAAUUACCUCUCUACAAGGAGCUGCGCUGGAAACAAUUGAAGGGAUUUCCAUAACAAAUGAAAAUUAUGAAGUUGCGGUCAGUAUGUUGAAGGAAAGGUACGGGACAAAGGAGAAAGUUAUUGAUGCUCAUUAUAAAGCCCUAAUGAAUAUAAACAAAUGUAACAAUGAUGCUACUAGCUGUAGACAAACAAUAAAUGCCCUCGAGAGACACUUACGCGUGCUACACAACCUCGGAGAGGAUAUCAACAGUAGUCAUCUUCGUGUUCUAUUGACUGACAAAUUCCCGGAGAAGGUAAUGUACCAAGUUCACUUAUUAUCUCCUCAAGAUCAAAGUAUUGAAAAAUUGCGGAUGGGACUCGAACAAGUGAUAACGGCGAUGGAGCGUUCCGGUCAAGAUAGCCAAAUUGCAAGUGGUGUUACAUCAAGCUCAUCACCAGCGCUUCCAUCAACAGCUUCAUUGUUAGGAGUAGCAAAGACGGGAUCUAAAAGGAAGUACAUUUCAUAUCAAAAGAAGAAAGGUGGUAAUGAGCCAUCUAAAAAAAUGCGAAAAAGUUGCAUCUUUUGUGAAGGAACCCAUUACAGUAACGAAUGCCGUAAGGUAGAAAAUAUAAAGGGUAGGAAAGAUAAACUGAAGAAUAUGAGUAGAUGCUUCAAAUGUUUCAAACGGGGACACACGGCGUCGAUGUGUAGAAUAAAAAAGAAGUGUUACUUCUGCAAGGAUGAUCAUAAUAGUGCCUUAUGCCCGAAGCAAUUUAAGAAGACUAAGCCUGAAAUCAAAAAUACUGAAAAGGGUGAGCCAACACAUAUUAAUAGUGCUGUCAUAGCAGAGACUGAUACUUUGAAUUCUACUACUAAAGAAACAUCAUCAUUUUUACAGAUGGCAGUGGCGACAAUCCACAACAAGAAUAAACAACUACCUUGCAGACUGAUUUUGGAUGGUGGAUCACAACGUAGCUACAUUACUUCAGCAAUAGCAAAUACUUUAAACAUUAUUCCAGAUGGAGAAGAUUUUCUCACAAUGUAUACUUUCUCAUCAACUUCACCGAAAACUAUAUAUAGCCCAUCAGCUGAAAUUAAAAUUAAAACAAAAAGAGACGUCAUUAAGGAUUUAAGAAUCAAUAUAGUACCUCAUAUAACAAGAAGGAUUCCUAUUGUGAAGAUUGAUAUAGAGAAGCCCAUAGAUUUUCUAGCAGAUGAUGACACCAGGGGCGAGAAUGUUGAUUUACUUAUAGGUAAUGAUUAUUAUUUUUCGCUUAUACGAAACGAGCGCAUUGAAAAGGACAACAUGAUUUUUAUAAACACAGAUUUUGGUUGGAUUGUAUCCGGGAAUAGUGAACAAGACAGAGAACAUAAUACCUUAUCAGUCAUUACAUACUACUGUCAGUGCCAUGAUACGGAUUGUACAUACUUUAAUGAACCUGAUCUACCGCUAAGAAGUAUUGACAUGAAAUUCCUGUGGAGUUUAGAAAGCAUUGGUAUAACAGAUUCUCCAAAAACAACCAGAGAAGAAGAAGCUGUUAAAUAUUUCAAUGAAACGGUACGUUAUAACAAUGGCAGAUAUGAGGUUAAGUGGCCGUGGAUCCAAUACCCGCCUGAUUUACCAACAAAUUAUGGUUUAGCCUAUGGCAGGUUAAAAGGCUUGCUACGGAGAUCUGAUGAGAGUACGCUCAACGAGUACAACCGCAUUAUACAGGAACAAUUGGAUAAAAAAAUAAUCGAAGAAAUAGAACUUAAAACAGUACCUAUCUAUCAAGUAAGUCCUCCUGUUCACUACUUGCCACAUCACAUAGUAAAACAAGAAGGAAAGAGCGGGCGGAUCGUCUAUGAUGGGUCAGCAAAGAUAAAAGACGGCAAUAGUUUAAAUGAAUGUAUGUACCGGGGUCCUUCAUUACUAGAAGAUCUCACUGCACUAUUGAUUAAAUUUAGAACCGGCAAAGUAGGAAUUACUGCAGAUGUUGAGAAGGCGUUCUUACAAAUUGGUCUUCAAAAUGAAGACAGAGACGUGACAAGAUUUCUCUGGGUUAAGGACCCUAGUAAAGAACUAACAGAUGAUAAUUUACGACAUUUCCGAUUUUGUAGAAUCCCGUUUGGCAUCAUUUCUAGUCCAUUCUUACUAACAGCAUCAAUUCGAUACCAUAUAACCAAAACAAAUGAAGCUCUUCUCACAAAAAUAGCUGACAAGUGCUACGUGGAUAAUUUAGUGACAUCUGUUGAAUCGUUAGAUGAAGCUUUAUGCUUGUAUAAUGAAACCAGGACAGUAUUUAACGAGCUCUCAAUGAAUAUAAGAGACUGGGUAUCAAAUGACAGUAAAAUUAUGGAGAAGAUCCCUAAGAACCAGUUGGGAAAUCAAACAGGAAAAUUGAAAAUUCUUGGUCUCAUUUGGAACCUACAAGAUGACACUUUACAACUUAAAGUGGAAGAUAAGGCGCUUGAGGCUCAAGCCAAAGAUGAACUGAACAAAAAGGAUAUCCUUAGAGCUCUUGCCCGUGUCUAUGAUCCAUGUGGUUUUGCGUCGCCUCUUAUUCUACCAGCUAAAUUACUGUUUCAAGAUUUGUGCAUCCAGAAAUUUAAAUGGGACACACCUUUACCAAUGAAUAUUGUUCAAAAAUGGAAAUCCAUUGUGGAGAAAUUAAAGACAGCAAAAGAUAUAAAGAUACCUAGAUAUGUGGCCGAAGACAUGCCGGAAGGCGCAAUGCAAUAUGAACUUCAUGUCUUUACCGAUGCUUCUAAGUUCGCUUACUCAGCUGUUGCGUAUUUACGCACCCAAUGUGGAGAGACUAUUAAGACUGCGUUCCUAAUGUCAAAAUCACGCGUGACGCCUGUAGAAGACAAAGAAAACUUGAAGAUUCCCCGUCUAGAACUAUUGGGCUAUUUGAUAGGAAGUAGGUUACUUAAGUACUUAAAGAGUAGCCUAAAUCUGACAAUUCAUAAGCAGUACUUAUGGACGGACAGCCAGGUCGUGCUGUACUGGCUUAGAACUAACCACUUACUGCCACCCUUCGUAAAGAGACGCGUAGAUGAAAUAAAUCAACUAAAGGAUGUUGAGUUCUGCUACAUAAACACUAACGAAAAUCCAGCUGAUUUAGGGACACGUCCGGAACUAUGGGAAGAAAAGCAAGCCUUAUGGUUUACAGGCCCACAUUUCCUCGUUAAAGACUCAAAGUUCUGGCCAAGUAACAGGUACUUAGAACAAAAUACUUUUCUUUCGGCCGGGGAGGUCCUGGACAUAAUAGAUGGUCCAGAAAUGGUACAGAAAGGGUAUGAAGUAGACCCACCUGCUUACCUUACGGGAGAAAUUCAGGAAGUAGAUGGCAGAAGUGAAACAGAAAUUACUAGUAACAAAGAGCCUGAAAUUGGUAUUGUAGAUCCACCAGACAACCUCACAGAAGUGGAUCAGGGGGUAAUUACUAAUGAUACUGAGACUGUCACCGGUAUUACAGAAAUCUUGGAAGUACAAAAGAAACAUUUCCCUGACGAGAUAAACGGAAAGAAGACAGCGUUAAUGAGAAGCCUUGAUCUGUUCCUAGAUGUGGAUGGAAUCUUGCGGUGUGGUGGACGCAUGAAACAUACGAACUGGUCUUAUGACAAGAAGCACCCAAUACUUAUUCCCAAAAACUCCGAGUUUACCAACAGAGUUAUACAAGAAGUACAUGAAAAAAACUACCAUGUAGGUCCACCUCAUACUUUGAAUAUUAUUCGAGAGCAAUAUUGGAUCCCGCAAGGAAAAGCUCAAGUAAUGAAGGUCAUUAAAAAGUGUAAGAAAUGUUUGAAGCAAGGUGGAGGACCCUACAAAUUGCCUCAAACUGCAGCAUUACCUCCCGAGCGAGUCAAUUAUAGUCCUCCCUUUACGUUUACUGGGGUUGAUUACUUCGGGCCAAUGUAUGUUAUCACCAUGAAUGGAAACCGGGAAAAAAGAUGGGUCUGUUUGUUCACCUGUCUGGCAGUUCGUGCGAUACAUUUAGAACUAGUGAAAGACUUGACAGCAGAGGAGUGUCUCCUUGCAGUAAGAAGAUUGGUGGCAGCUAGAGGUACACCAAAUACAAUUAUAUCAGACAACGCUUUGCAAUUUAAGCUGACUUCCGAAAUACUAAUUAACUGCUACUGCACCGAAAAUAAAAUAAAAUGGAAGUUCAUUCCGCAGUUAGCCCCGUGGCAUGGCGGAUUUUAUGAGCGGCUGGUUGGAAUUGUAAAGCACUGUCUUAAAAGGACUUUGGAUAAACAUUUAUUGAAUGACAGUCAGUUAGUCACCGUUAUCAAAGAAGUCGAAUCAGUGGUCAACACAAGACCUUUGACAAAUGUAGGUGCUGAUUUGGAGUAUGUCCUGAAACCUGCAGAUUUUUUGACUCUAGGGAAAUGUUUGGAAUUGACUCCCUCAAGUAAUGUUAUAGACGUUGAUGGGACUGCUACAAAAAUGGAUCUUAUCCAAGGAUGGAAACGAGGCCAGUCAAUCUUAGCAGAAUUUAAGAAAAUGUUUCAAGAACGAUAUCUGACUAGUCUUCGUGAGAAACAUCGGGGAUCAGUAAAACAACCUCGAGUAACGUCAGACCGGACACCUCAACUUGGAGACAUAGUACAGAUAAAAGAGGAAUUGAAGAGUAGGAAUACCUGGAAAGUGGGGCGGAUAACUUCGUUAAUAAAAAGUCAGGAUGGACAGUGCCGUGUAGCAAAAGUGAAAGUGGGUAAUACAGAAUAUACCAGGUCAGUCGGUCAUCUUUACCCACUAGAAGUUGACAACUGCACUGAAAACGCCCAAUCUUUGGACAUCUUAAAUCCGGUUAAUCCUAUUCCAUUGGAUCUACCUACAAAUAAUGACCAAGUUGAGAUCAACAGUUUGCCAACACCAAUACCAAUCAACAUUAACCCACAAGUUCCACAACAAAGCUCCGAGUACCCAAAACAACAUCCGGGACAGGAAGCUGAUCCGGACCACAAAGAAGUGACUGAUCCGGCAGCGGAAGCCAAUUCAACUAAUGAAGAAUUAACUUAUCAAGUGGACGAAUGUAUGUCAGAGCCCGAUGACGUAGUUGUGACGGAACCAACCGCAGAAGACACAUCCAACAUGGGGGACAAUGCUGUCCAAAGAUCAACGCCACUUAGACAAGCAGCCAUCCGAGCGAAGGAAAAAAUCGCCGAAUGGACCCGCAACCUGAUAAUCCUGUUGCAGUAG